AAUACUCUUUCUGCAAGCAAGGGAGUUGCUUUGUAACUAUUUGCAAGCCCUGCACAGACAUUUAUUAUAUAUAUAUAUAAAUAUAUCAAAAAGCGUUAAUAAAAAAGAGAAAUGUUAAAUGUAAUAAGAGUUGUGUUGAGCUCCCGGCCAGGUAAUAAUGGUCAACCAGUUAAAGGGAAUUUCCGUGUAGAGGAGACCACGACAUCCUCAGAGUUGAAGGAAGGACAAGUGUUGGUUCGGACUCGCUAUCUCUCAGUUGACCCUUACAUGCGCUGUCGCAUGAACGACGAUACUGGAGCCGACUACCUGUUGCCAUGGAGAUUGGAGGAGUGUGUGGAUGGAGGAGGAGUUGGUGUAGUUGAAGCCAGCAAGAAUUUGGAUUUAUCUGUGGGCACCAUCGUCACCUCCUUCAACUGGCAUUGGCAAACCUACGAUGUGAUGGAUGGCAGCCUUUUGCAGAAGGUCGACCCAGGCAUGGUGGAUGGUCAUGUGUCGUAUUUUCUUGGCGCGGUGGGCAUGCCUGGCCUUACUGCAUUUUUUGGGGUGAGAGAGAAGGGUCAUGUGACUGCAGGUGCUCAGCAGACGAUGGUCGUGAGCGGAGCAGCUGGAGCUUGUGGGUCAAUUGCUGGACAGAUUGGCCGAUUGGAUGGUUGUGAGAGAGUUGUGGGGAUUUGCGGCUCUGACCAGAAAUGUCAGACCUUGGUAAAAGAGCUGGGAUUUACAGCAGGGAUAAACUACAGAAACGGAGACAUCAGCUCAGCGCUGAGAGAGCUUUGCCCCAGAGGCAUUGAUAUUUACUUUGACAAUGUAGGCGGCCCCAUCAGCGAUGCUGUUAUAUCACAGAUGAAUCCUGGUGCUCAUGUGAUCCUGUGCGGCCAGAUCUCGCAGUACAACAAGGAUGUGCCUUACCCUCCUCCUUUAAGUCAAGAUACCCAAGAAGCUUUGCGUCGUAACAACAUCACAAGGGAGAGAUUUGUUGUGUUGAACUACAUGGAGAAACAUGCAGAAGGCCUCGUGCAGCUCAGCCAUUGGGUAAAAACAGGUCAGAUGAAGGUGUUGGAAACUGUUGUUAAUGGCAUCGAAAACAUGGGAGAAGCGUUUUGCUCCAUGAUGACCGGAGGCAAUAUCGGUAAACAAGUUGUCAAAAUUUCAGACUGAGUCAGACGUCUGCAACAGGAGGCCUUCUGGAGGUGGUCUGGUGUUAAAUCUGAAAGUCUAUGAGAAAGGACUUCCUGAAGUUCCUCCGGUGGGACUGUCCCUUUAAGUGUGCUAGAAGUAACUGUGGAUAAAGCCAACAAAUUAGUUUGCCUAACUAGUUUCAAAUCAUUUUUAACAAUGGUAAAUAAUUAUUUACCAAUGGUGAUUGAUAAUUACUAGUGAAUUUCCAUAAUUAUUCAGAUUUUAGUGUAUAAUAAACUAACUCAAUCUGAUUUAGGAAUAGUUUAAUAAAAAUAACUAUUUAUUAAAGUACUGGACAGACUAACAAAAUGUGUACACUUUUAUUUUCAUCCAAACAAGACUCUUAUGCACAAUGCCUGCAUUUAUUUCAUCAAAAGUAUGCAGUACAACUAUAAUAUUAAUACAAUAAUUAUUAGGAUGAUUUUAUAUUUUCAUUUAUACAACAGCUCUGUCUGGUUCUUGAUCCUGAUUGGCUAAUAGCUGUGUGAUAUUCUGCCAAUAACAGCACUCGUCCAGCCUCUUCACCCCUCACCCUUUUGUAUUACUCCGCCCACAUACAGUGACAAGCAGAGGGCACUCUACAGUUUGACAAAUAUUGCUGCUGUUGGACAACAUAAUGUACUUUUGAGGCUUUUUUAGUCAAGAAUUUAGUUGUUUAGAUUGCAACUAUGCAGUUAAUUUAUAAAGAUAGUGCCUAUUGUAAAUAUGUAUAAUUUCUGAAGGACAGUGUGUCAGCAGCCAUUAGCCUGUCAUUGAGCGGAGCAAAGAAGGUUGAUGUUGUUCAUCCUCAAGAUGGUGACAGAGACCACAUAAUAAGCCCUUAGAGGAGGAAAAUACAGCGUAAUUUCUAACUACAGCUGAUCAAAUCAUUAUUAAACAGUUCAGUAACUUUCUAAGUCGAUCGCUCUCUUUUGUAUGUUGUAGAGCUGUAUUUAUACCAUUAUAAUUGUAGUUGUGUUGAGUUUGAGAUGGAACUCACAUAUUAGGAAUGCAUGUAUUUUGUGUUGGCCAUCUGUUUCUAAUGAGUCUCCUGUUUUCGUUACUGCAGACUAGUUUAGUAAACAGAAAGAAAGAAGAAAUGACCGCAUGUGUUUCAAGAGUUCACACUUAGCUGAUGAUUAAUUAUAAGCUUGUUUGGCAUGCUGUCCCGGGAGAGAGCCCUGAGUUUGAAUUAGUCAAUUAACUUAUGUUGCAUGUUUUUUGGACGGUGGGAGGAAACCGGGAAACCCGGGGGAAACCCACGUGAGCACGGGGAGAAAAUGCAAACUCCGCACAGAAAUGUCUGCUGGUUUGGUAAAGCCUAGAACCAGAGACAUUCUUGCUGUGAGGCAACAGUGCUAAGCACUGGGCCACCGUGUCACCCAUCUAGGAAGAAGGAGGAGUAGGGGUGGAUGGGGGGAUUCUUCAAAACGAAGAUAGCGGUGGUACGUAACCCAGGGUAUUUGUAGUAGCUUAGGAGUCGUCUGACUGGUGCAUUGAGAAUUAAAUAAUGCGGAUCCAGCCGCUAGCAAUCAUAAGCACGUGAUCCUCUUGAAAUUGUUUAUAACUAAACUUCACUUAGUGUUUUUCCUUAUUACAAACACAACAGUAAACAGUAACAACAGUUACAGUAGUGUUUGCUUUGCUUUGGCUUUUUCAGGGUUAAUUAUUGUGAUCUCCCGAUUGCAACAGAGAAAUACUGGGAAAUGUCUCUAGAGACUGAUGGCAUUUCAUGCCGUUCAGCCUUAUGAUCUUAAAAUGUGAGCAAAAUCAGCUGUUUUGUCAUCACUUUAGACAUUACACUAGAAAAUCAUUUAAACACUAGCUCUAAAGUGACGUUGGUGAAUUAGUAACGGUUUCUGCUGUUCUGUCAGCUGCAGAUCUGAAGGAAUGGUAGAAGAAAGUAGGUCCUCAUACAAAAGGGUUUUUAGACUCUGGUGUUUGAUUUUUCUUUUUAAUAUACACGAUUAUGCCGUCGAACUGUUGUAUAAAUGCAAUAUCACACUUGUAGCAGUGCGGCUGUAUAUCGUCACUGGUGGGACACAAAGGCACACCUCCCACCAGUGCCGAUAUACAGCCAUAUCGCACUGCUACUCGUGUGACAUUGCUCAUACAUAUUAAAUGUAAUUUAAAUCUGGAAUGGUAAAACUACAUUUUCAGCAGCCACAGUUUCCAGUCAAGUAAUCCUUCAGAAAUUAUUCAAAUAUGCUCGACUAUCAAAUAUCAAAACACAAUUUGUUGCCCCAAAUUUUUUUCUGGAUUUGUAUAGUUGAAGUCAGAAUUAGUAGCCCCCCUGAACUAUUAGCCCCAAUUUCUGUUUAACGGAGAGAUUUUUUCCAACACAUUUCUAAAUAACUAAUUUAUCUUUGCCAUGAUGACAGUAAAUAAUAUUUAACUAUAUAUUUUUCAAGACACUUCUAUACAGCUUAAAGGACAAUUUAAAGGCUUAACUAGGUUAAUUAGGUUAACUAGGCAGGUUUAGGGUAAUUAGGCAAGUUAUUGUAUAAUGAUGGUUUGUUCUGUAGACUAUCAAAAAAAAUAUAUAGCUUAAAGGGGCUAAUAAUUUUGACCUUAAAAUGGAUUUUUUUUUAAAUUUAAAUCUGCUUUUAUUCUAGCCGAAAUAAAACAAAUAAGACUUUCUGCAGAAGAAAAAAUAUUAUCAGACAUACUGUGA